AUGCCAUUGAACGUGCUACCAGCUCCCGUCGACGAGGCCACUCUCAAGGCCCGCUUGAUACACUUAGAUAAGUUUGAAGCGCAGCUUACAAGAAGCAUUCAAUGGCAAGAAUGCGAGUCAGCAGCUGCCUACCGGAAAAUGCGGAGGGAAGGCCUGAAUGGAUUCACAGCGCCUGCUCUCAAUCCUAAAGCAAAGACUGUGGAUGUACUCGGAAGGGAUGGACAUCAAAUUGAAUUAAGAAUCAUUGCUCCCCAAGAAAAGCCUAGCAGAGGGGUUUGGCUUCAUUUCCACGCUGUGGUAUCUGUUGAAUAUCGACUGGCACCCGAGAAUUCUUUCCCCAAGCCGCUGCACGAUUGUGUGGACGCAGCACUGUACGCGCUUAGCCCGGCGGGUGAGAAAGAUGUCGGUGCACCGCUGAAAAUUGUUGGAGGUGAGUCCGCGGGGGGCUGGCUAGCAGUGUCAACAGGUCUCUCCCUUCGCCGAGACUAUGGUGUCCACGUCCGAUCGAGGUUGGACGGCAUCGUGGCUGGAUACGGCAUUUUUGAUCUCACAUAUACACCCUCUCUUCUUGAGCACACUCGCAACAUCGUGCUGAGUAAAGAAGGUAUGAUGGACUUUUGUGAGGCGAGCUUCAGCCACAUUCCAAUGGAGAAAAGGAAGGAUCCGCUUGUUUCACCUCUCUAUGCGGACUUGAAGGAAAUGCCACCAGCAUUGUUUUUGUCGGGCGAUAUUGAACCCUUGCUCGAUGACAGUGUUUUCAUGGCGGCUAGAUGGCAACAAGCUGGGAAUUUGACGGAGCUGAGUGUGGUUCCUGGGGCAUGUCAUGCUUUCACCAUCAUUCCUAUGGGGGGUGCGACUGAUGAGGGUUUGAACAUUAUUGUUAAAUUUGUGCAGCAGAACUAUAGUUAA